AUGCCCCUAUACGACACCACCUACGUCUGUAAUGAAAAGGACUCGGCGGCGGCUGUAGCCAUUGCAAUGCACUCUGCUAAGGCGGCAGAGGCAGCCAAAGUCGCUGCCGUUAAGGCUGCUGAGGCUGCCGAAGCCAAGCUGGUUAGGAGUAAGAAAUCUCGUGGCAUUCUGGCCGCGCGAAAGGCCGCCAGGGAGCAAGCCGCCGCGCAGACGGAUACAUACGCGUCUGAGGGCGACUCUGACACUACGGAAAAGCCCUGA